AUGCGGUCAACUAACUCAGCGGACAAAAAAGCUAAACCGCCGGAAGGCUCAAUCAAAUCCAAUGGUUUCAACUCACCUUCAAACGCGGACGAUCAGCACAGAUCAUAUGAAAUGGAAUUACAUCCAUUGGCACCAUCAUUACUACCAUCCACUGGAUCAGAUCUGCAACAGCAGCCAACGUGUCACUUCUGUCUGACAGCUCAGAAUCCGGCAUUUCUGGACACACAACUGGAGGUGGACGAUAUGCUCGGAGGUAGUACAGUUGUCAAUUGUAAAAAAUCCGAUGACAGUGGCUGUGAGCUGGGUGAUGUUAUGUCCAUCAGUGCUGGACCGGUUGAACAUUCUUGUCGUGAUCAUGCUGCCACGAUUGGUCGCGAUUAUCAACCAAUCGUGAGUACAGUGCUCGUACGAAACUCUCCGGUCGUAUGCUACCCGGCCACGAGCGCAAAAUGUGGUGAAACCCUAAACACCUCGAAAUACGGAAAUACUUUCGUUAAUGUGCACGCCGGUCCCUGUUUGAACCCGAUAACCGGGAUGACAUGUGCGCAACAACAGAUACAAAUACAACAACAACAACAACAAAAUACUCAAUACAGCUCUUACUACGGCAGUUUCACAUGCCCAAGACCCGUAAUAGCUAAACCCCUAAGUCCCAUCCUGUUUGUGGCCCCCAAUCUCCCCCAGACCAGCGUGUACGAGAAUCCUGUGCAUUCGCCUAACCUGCUGAUNUUGAUUACCUCACCUGUGAAAAGCUCUUGUUUCACGCCUCCACCAACUGCACCAACGUCACAAUCAGUGUUGCCCGGGAAUAGCGGUACCGUAUUAGGUAAUGCCCCGGAUAUCUAUCCGGACAUGUCUGUUUUACCUCUGAAUUUUACCGAUCAGACUCCAGGACUGGCAUUCAGUCCGACCUGCUCGAACGCAAUCCCGGUGUGUUCAACCAAUCUGUAUGUGUCCCAGCCCAUGCCAACCGAAAAUCGAUUUACGUCCAAACCGAUCGGUGUGUUGGCCUUCCGAAACUCCGAUGAUGAUGGGACAACUGUAUAG